AAUAAAGGUAGCGCAUAGAGUUUUCAUUACACAAAUAUAUAUGUAUAUUUAUUUUGUUUUGGGUUGUGCGGGAAGGAGCUGCUAUGGAGGAAAUAGUGGAGUCAACAGUGAAGGCAUUACCCGCUUCUGCACUGUGUGACCUCCUCUCCGCAGGCGUAUGCCUUCGAUGCAUAUUCCGAAUAUUCAGCGUAGAUGGAGACAUAUAUUCAUUUAGUUUGCCAUCGACUGCAUCUCUAUAUUCUUUGCUAAAACCUUUAAUAACUCCCACAGAACUCCCAAAGUUUGAGGAUGACAUUAGUUCAAUGGAAGUUAAAAAUGUUUGUUCUUCUACUGAAGAAAAAGAAGUCACAAAUGAGACCUGCCUAGUAUGUUUGGGAAUUUUGCAAACAGCAAUCCUUGAUCAAAAGAAAGAGACAACCCAAUGCAAGGGAAAUGUUGCAGUUUUGAUAUCAGAGGCAGUUCAGCAUGAGGGUUACCAAUUUGAUAGCUUUUGUUUGGAAGUUUCUAUACCACCAAACACUGCUAUAAGAGACCGUGCUCUUUGCAGGCUUUAUGUCAAACAAAAAUAUGGGACAGAAGAAUGGUUUAAGAAUGUUUCUGCUAUCAACCGCCCUUCUGUCAAGGAAGCUCUAAAGUUGUCCCUGAUCAAACCACUGGAAGACUUACUGGGAAAGAAUUCAGAUGUAAAUUCAUCGUUUCGAGUUGCUUUGAUUUACAAUCAUAUUGGACUGUCACAAGAAUUCAAUAUUGAAGAUUCAAAGGAAAAUAAUGGAAAACGUAGAAAAACAGGGGAAAAUAAUAGCUUUCAUAAUGCUGCCAAUGCAGCAAUACAUGCUGCAAGGGAAACGGUUAAUGGGGGUGGAUAUUCUGCAGCAGUUCAACGCAUUCUUAAUUCCAUGUCAGACGAUGACUUUGCUAAGAAAUACAAAUUUCCACCAACAAAGCUUUCUGAACCAUGCAAAUGUGAAGUCAUCUGCCAUCGAUCGUCCAUCUAUAUUGGUGGGAGAUAUCUUAAGUACUCAAGGUAUGUGAGCCAGACACGUUGGAUGAUUGACGAUGAAAGAAUGGGAGAAAACUCAGUAGAAGAGAUAAUAGCAAACACAAUACUUCCUCAGUUAAGAGGAGACAGCUACAAGUUUCAUGCAGCUGGCAGGGAAGACAUUGAUGUUCGUAUGCUAGGUACAGGUCGUCCCUUCCUUGUUGAAGUCCUCAAUGCUCGUGUUAUCCCAACAAAAUCUGCCCUGAUGGAAUUAGAGACCAAUAUCAAUGAGUCAAAAGAUGAAUAUGUAAAAGUGAGGGAACUAAUGGAGGUUGGGAGUGAUAUUUGGAAUCUAAUGAGAGAAGGGGAGGCUGAAAAACAGAAACAAUAUGCUGCUGUAGUGUGGAUUUCACGUCCCCUUUCUGAUGAAGACCUGAAAUGCAUAUCUGAAAUAAAAGAGAUGGAAAUAGAACAAAAGACUCCAAUAAGAGUGCUGCAUCGCCGGAGUCCUUUAGUACGUAAACGAUUAAUACAUUGGAUGAAGGCAGAAAGAAUUGAAGGAACCAGCCAAUAUUUCCUAUUGCAUCUAUGUACUCAGGCUGGGACCUAUAUAAAGGAAUUUGUACAUGGUGAUCUUGGACGCACAUAUCCCAAUGUUGGGUCUUUGUUGGGCUGUGUUGCAGAAAUUCUACAACUUGAUGUAAUAGAUGUAAAGAUGGAUUUUUUCAGCUCUCAAGGAGAACACAGAACGUAGGAUACAUGACUAGAAAAGCAUUCAAUCUCGAUACUUAAAACUAAUUCAUUUAUUUUGGCAUUGACCAAUUUGACCAACUUAAUCUUACAAGUACUUACUUGAAAUCCAAUUAGAGGGAGCCAAUCAAACAAAAUUUGAAGUCAAAUUCCAAUUAUGAGCUAUCGUUCUUACCAUAUGUAAUAUGUAUGAUCGGUUUACUGUUUGGAAUAGUAUUUUCCAAACAUUUCAAGGAAAUCGAUGACAUAUUCUUAAAUUUCUGAAGUAAUUGAGGUAAAUACAAUAAAUAAUAUCAUGACUUGAUUCAUUUGAA